GGGUCCAGUCUGGUGUAACGACAACCAGUUCAUGUUCGGAGUCCAGAGGCGCAGAUCGACAGCACAACUCCGGCUGAACUGAAUUACAUGACCCGGAGGACGGACUCCUCCGCAGUGAGCAGGACUGGUUAAAGAUUACAACAGACUUUUGCCACGUUCUGCAAAGUCCUAAGCGUAAGAGUCAUCAAGACUUCAGCCAGGACUUCAGGUUUGGUCCAAAGCAACAACACCCACUCCGUCUCCUGUCCCGUCCCAUCUGAGUCCGCUCCAGUUUUCAGUGGAGGUGCAGGUCCAGCGUCUCAAGCUGGACGAAGGAGAGACAAGUGGGGCUGAGCGCCCCUCCUUUGUGCUGCGACACAGAACUUCGAAACUCGCAGAACAUGCGGCAGCGAACACGCCUACAAAUCCCAUGAGUCCCCGGGAGAAAGCGGACACACCCACCUCAGGUUCUUCCAACAGUCACCUCACUACCACCGAGUGCGCCUCACACAAUGGGAGUGACCCAGAGUGUGACGAGGAGAGAAGAAUAAAAGAGGAGGACGAGAGAGGAAGAGAAGAAGAAGAAGAAGAGGAAGAUGAGGAGGAGAAAGAAGAGAAGAGCUGCGACGAAGGCUUCAUGGGAAUGACUCCGCUGCUGCAGGCUCACCAUGCCAUGGAGCGGAUGGAGGAGUUUGUACAUAAGGUGUGGGAGGGCCGGUGGCGAGUCAUACCUCACGACGUGCUCCCCGAUUGGCUGAAGGACAACGACUACCUGCUCCACGGCCACAGACCGCCCAUGCCUUCGUUCCGCGCGUGCUUCAAGAGCAUCUUCAGAAUCCACACGGAGACGGGAAACAUCUGGACACACCUGCUAGGCUGUUUGUUCUUCCUGUGUCUCGGCCUCAUGUACAUGUUCAGGCCCAACAUGUCCUUCGUGGCUCCGGUGCAGGAGAAGGUGGUGAUCGGGAUGUUCUUCCUCGGCGCCAUCCUCUGCCUGUCCUUCUCCUGGCUCUUCCACACAGUUUACUGCCACUCUGAGGGCGUCUCCAAAGUCUUCUCCAAACUGGACUACAGUGGGAUUGCCUUCCUGAUCAUGGGCUCCUUUGUUCCCUGGUUGUAUUACUCCUUCUACUGCUCUCCUCAGCCUUGUUUCAUCUACCUGAUAGUGGUGUGUAUACUGGGACUUGCUGCCAUUACCGUCUCCCAGUGCGACUUCUUUGCCACACCACAGUACAGAGGAGUCAGAGCAGGAGUGUUUGUGGGUUUGGGGCUGAGCGGCGUGGUUCCCACUCUGCAUUUUGUGAUCAGCGAGGGUCUGAUCAGAGCCACCACCAUCGGUCAGAUGGGUUGGCUGUUCCUGAUGGCGACGCUCUACAUCACGGGAGCCUGUUUGUACGCCGCUCGUAUCCCCGAGAGGUUCUUCCCGGGCAAGUGUGACAUCUGGUUCCACUCCCACCAGUUGUUUCACAUCCUGGUCGUGGCCGGAGCUUUUGUCCAUUUUCACGGCGUCUCCAACCUGCAGGAGUUUCGCUACACGGCGGGAGGAGGCUGUGCAGAGGAGGGCGCUCUCUAACACACACACACACACACACACACACACACACUCACUCGUUCACGCACACAUUCGACAGGGAGGUACCAGUUCUAAUAAUAUGCACAGAAAUGUCACACAGGCUUCUGCGACGCGUGCACUCGGGCGUUAAAAAUGCACACACGUGCGCCCCCCUGGAGACUGAAGUGGCUUGUUCAGUGUGCGUUUUGUAUGCUUAAAUAAACAAGAAUGGACUCUCAGGGGGCGCUAUAACAGCUGAUCUCUCUGUCCUCUGACUUUGUCCAUCCUCCCUUUUUGACUUCCAAGAUGGUGCGUUUUUUAAAAAAGCCGUUUCCUGGAAGGACCGGCGAGACAUUCAUGACCUCCCUCCUGUUAUUAUUCGUUACUAAGUGAAAGAAGACAUUUCGAGGUGUUUGCCGAAUGCUGUUUUCCAAAUUUGAGUAUGAAAAAAAAAAAGAAGACAAAAAAAAAAGAGAAAAGGAAUUGACUGGAAAAUGUCUUGAAUGAAUUUCUUCUGCGAUUGUUAAUCUUGUGGGUUGAAGAUGUUUCCGGCGGGUGGGCGUGGUUAUAAGUCACUUUAAAGAGAGAAAAAAAAGGACCCUUUUUCCAUAUAAAUAAGAUUUCUACCUUUUGGGUUAUAGAUUUGUAUGAAAUGUAUUAUUAAAAAUAACAAAAAAAAAAAUUAAAAAAAAAUCAAAAUAAAGGCCGUCACGCGAUGGCAAAAAAAAAAAAAAUUAGAUAAUAAAUCAAUUAAAGACGAGGAGCCGAGGUGUUUUAUCUACAUUUUGUUUAUUAUAAUUAAAAAAAAAAAAAAAAGAGGUGCAGUGGAGUGAAGAAUAGAUUAUUAUGCAAAGACGAGGAGGAAAUCUAAAGGCACAACGCUUCAAACUUUGCGAAUGAGCAGCAACUCGUGGACUUGCUCGUGUUUUGUUUGUGGUGUCGGUGGAAAGUAACGACUCAGUCGCCCCCUGACCUGAAAACCCUGUUAUGUAUAUAUAUAUAUAUGUAUAUAUAUAUAUAUACUUAAACAAGGAGAUAAUGGAAGAACUGUGCUCCUCUCACUUUGCUUUUCACUCGUGUGUUUUCUCCCAGACGUCUCAGACUCGGAGCUCGGGCCUUGUGAGUCAAACCUUCUCCCGCGCUAUUUAAACCAAAUAUAAAAUUCAAAAAAUUCAAAAGCGUCUCCUCGAUGUGUAGCCACUUUCAUUUAUCUUCUUACUGUAAAAUCUUAUCGUCUUAUAUUGUAUAUCUGAAGAAGAAGAAGAAGAAAAAAUAAUGAGAAUUUCUACGCCCCAGAUAUAAGUUUAUUCUUUUUCUUAAUGACCUUUAAAAUAAAAGAUAACGGAGGUUUUUAUAAACAAGGCCGCACAGUCCAUUAUGUCAUAUUUGGUACUGUAAAACUACAGUAUUAGUACACAUUAUUGUGGUUCUCCUUCCCCUUGGACACGCGAUGAUGUUCAACUCAAAAAAAGAUGACGUUUUUCUUUGUCUGACUCGAUUGUACUUUAAUUUAUCCACUGCUGCUUUUUGGUAUUAUUAUUAUUAUUAUUAUUAUUAUGUUAUUAUUGCAAGCUUUAAUUUCACUUGUUUUCUUUUCUUCUUGCUCUUAAUAUUCAUCUGUUGCUGUGGUGAGACAAAAAAGACGAGAACAGGGAACAUUUGUAACAACAAAACUCCAAAAACAACACUUUAUUUGGAGGUUAAAACAAGGUGACCUUUUAAAAAUGUCACACCUGCACAAUAGAAUCUCUUUUUCUUUCUUUCUUUCUUUGUUUGAUUGUUUGAAAUUUCGGUUUGUGAGUCUCUGAAUGAAACCACCAGUUGAAUUCAUAUUUGAAUAAACAGCAUAUCUUCUGGUUUAUUUUUCCAUUUCUUUUUUUUCCCAUCUUGUUUCUAUUAAUUUAUUUCUCUUGGGGAGUGCAUUUCGUCUGUUGAAGCACAUGUUCUGUUCUUAUGGGAGUGUCUGAAUGCAAUAGACCUUUAUAUCUGCUGUAUUGUUCUAAUAAAAAAAAGGUUUUUUGAA